AUGGAGAGAGCAAGGCCUGAGCCACUCCCUUCGCAGCGCCAACUGCCGAGGGCGACCCUGCCACGCCCGUUGCGCCCCACUCCAUCCUUGCUGCCCGUUGAGGGGACCUCCUUUCGGGCAGCAGCCGUCGAGGCUCCUCCGUCGCCACCCACCUCGUGCGAGGCCGCCAUUGCGACCUUGGCCUCGUCGUGUUGCGGGGAGGCCCCAGCAUCGGGCAUACAGCCCGUGGCACGGCGGCUGCUGCAGGUGAAACGGGACCAAGUGUUUUUGCUGCCUCCAGGGUCACCACUGACCCAGGCCCGAGAGGAAGCAGUUGCCGCCCCUUCCGCGCAGGCGCGACUUCUGCAGUUGAGGCCAGAGCUGCUGCUUCUGCCUCCGCCACCGCCCGCGUCCGAUGGCGCCCCCUGCAGGCCGGACGCGCACCUAGCGCAGCCCCGAGCGCUGCACGUCAAGGCUGAGAAGCAGGAGUCCAGACUGGGCUUGGAAUCGUCGGUGGGGCCCCGGAGAGCCGUCGAGACCGGUCCCAGGGUUUCUAGAGUGGCCAAAGCGGAAGGACCCGGGCCAGCCCUCGACAGCCGCCGAGGGGAAGAGAAAAAGGUCAAGUUGGAGGCAAAGGAGGUCAUGAAGGACCUAGGGAUUGGUGGUGAAGGCAAAAGCCUGGUGACUCUCCGUGAAGGAGUCAUCAAAACCGAGGAGCCCGAGAGACUCCGUGAGGACUGCAGGCUCAGUGCAGAGCCCGAGCCCAGUGACUUGAUGCACGGCAGCAAGGAGGUCAUCCUAGCCCAGCCGGCCAGUGCCUUUGGCCCCCACCAACAAGACCUCAGGAUCCCUUUGACCCUCCACACCGUCCUCCCUGGGGCCCGGAUUCAGUUUCAGGGACCUCCUCCGUCAGAGCUGAUACGCUUGACCAAGGUCCCCCUGACCUCAGUGCCUAUUAAAAUGCAGUCCUUACUGGAGCCUUCCGUAAAAAUUGAAACUAAAGAUGUCCCGCUCACGGUGCUUCCCUCAGAUGCAGGAAUACCAGAUACUCCCUUCAGUAAGGACAGAAAUGGUCAUGUGAAGCGACCCAUGAACGCAUUCAUGGUUUGGGCAAGGAUCCACCGGCCAGCACUAGCCAAGGCUAACCCAGCAGCCAACAAUGCAGAAAUCAGUGUCCAGCUCGGGUUAGAGUGGAACAAACUUAGUGAAGAACAAAAGAAACCCUAUUAUGAUGAAGCACAAAAGAUUAAAGAAAAGCACAGAGAGGAAUUUCCUGGUUGGGUUUAUCAGCCUCGCCCAGGGAAGCGGAAACGCUUCCCUCUAAGUGUUUCCAGCGUAUUUUCUGGUACCACACAGAACAUCAUCUCAACAAAUCCUACAACAAUUUAUCCUUAUCGGUCACCUACCUACUCUGUGGUUAUUCCCAGCCUACAGAAUGCCAUCACUCAUCCAGUUGGUGAAACGACACCUGCCACCCAGCUACCUACACCUGCAGUCCAGCGCCCAAGCCCCAUCACACUUUUCCAGCCCAGUGUCUCCAGUACUGCCCAGGUGGCCGUCCAGACUCCAAGCCUGCCCCUCCGCUCAGCAGUCCCAGCCCAGCGUUUUGCUGGGCCCUCCCAAACAGACUCUCAUCGGCUGCAGUCUGAAGCCAGUCGGUCUGUGAAGAGACCCACCCCUGUCUCUCUGGAGAGUACCCCGAGGAUUCCAACCAGUGCAAGUACUGCCCAUGUCAGAUUUGCAGCCUCCACCAUCCAGCCGCCCAAGGAGUAUCCUAGUGUUUCCACUUGUCCCAGAAGUGUUCCAAUUCCUCAAACUCCGCCCAUUCCACAUUCGCAUGUCUACCAACCCUCUCCCCUGGGCCACCCAGCCACACUGUUUGGGACAUCACCGCGAUUCUCUUUUCAUCACCCCUACUUCUUACCUGGACCUCACUACUUCCCAUCAAGCACAUGCCCUUAUAGUCGGCCUCCUUUUGGCUAUGGAAAUUUUCCGAGUUCAAUGCCAGAAUGCCUAGGUUACUAUGAAGACAGGUACCAAAAACAUGAGGCCAUGUUUUCAGCUUUAAAUAGAGACUACCCUUUUAGAGACUACCCAGAUGAGCGCGCGCACUGUGAAAACUCUCGGAGUUGUGAGAGCAUGGACGGGUCCUCCUUCUACAACAGCCACGGCCACAAUGGCGAGGACUACUUAACGCCCAUGCCUCCGCUGGACAUCGGCACCUUGGAGAACGUCUUCACAGCCCCCGCGUCAACUCCCCCAAGCAUCCAGCAAGUUAACGUCACUGACAGCGAUGAGGAGGAAGAAGAAAAAGUGCUCAGGAAUUUAUAA